AUGAAUGAAUUUGAUGUCGACCGUCUGAUUAAACAGAUGGUGAAUUUUAUUUAUCUGAAAACGCAAGAGAAAGCCAAUGCGAUUCGCAUGAAGAGUCUGGUCAAGCUAUUUGAGACAGAUGUAGUGGUCGCAGUACGUGCCAAAGACGUGGAAGUUGCUGAGAUGGUAGUUACGGAAGCCACGGACAAGUACAUUGCUACGAUGAAGAAGGAGGCUUACUUGGACGUGAACGAGGUCAAGGUGACGGUAAACAAGAUCGGUGACGGCAUGUUAUCGAACGCCAAGGCUGGUGGUGUUGUGCUAUACGCCAAGCAGGGCAAGAUCGUGUGUGACAACACGCUGGACACGCGCCUGGACCAGAUCUACUACGAUCUGAAGCCAACGGUGCACAAUAUGUGUAACUCUGGAUUCUAA